AUGUCUCCAUAUCUUUCAUCCGACAGUAGCCAUGCUGAAAUUCAUCAUUCCAAUCCUUUAUCGUCAGCUGUUUCUAUGCCUUCUGCUCCAUCUUCCUUUGGGGAUGCCUUGAUGAACUUUCAGCAUCACAGCUUCAGUAAUUUUUCAGAUCCUGCCUGUGCUACAAGUCUUCCUGAUUCAGGGCUUGGCUCAAAUCUAUUGCAUGGCUUGAAAGAGUAUACUGCUGUUGGUUCCUUUCCUCCUGGCCAAGGUCCAUGCUCAGGCCAAACUGGAGUUGGUAAGUAUGAUAAGAGUAGUGUGAAUCCUGAUAUGAUGAAUUCAUCAAAAGGGCCUCUGAAGAACGAGCCACUUCUUCCCUUUAUUGAGAAGGAGGAGAUAAUGGAGUUGCCUGCCAAUUUGGAGGUUCUUGUUGAUAAACUUGUGGCUUUUAAAGAUGUGGAGCAAACCUGCUUUUCAGAAUCUAUUGCAUUGCUUCAGCUUGGAGACAUUGCAGACAGAUCAUAUGGAGCAUUGCAUGUCCUAUUAGCCUUUAACCCGAUUUCCAACAACUGUGGUAUGCUCCACUAUACAUCUGGUGGCCAGUUUAAAAUUCCAGUAGUUAUUCGUGGACCCGGUGGAGUUUGUCGGCAACUCGGGGCUGAGCAUUCCCAACGUCUUGAGUCAUAUUUUCAAUCAAUCCCUGGAAUCCAAAUGGUGGCAUGCUCGACCACAUAUAAUGCGAAGGGCUUGAUGAAAGCUGCAAUUCGAAGUGACAACCCGGUGAUACUUUUCGAGCAUGUUUUGCUUUACAACCUCAAGGAAAGAAUUCCAGAUGAAGAAUAUAUAUGUUCUCUAUCGAAAGCUGAGAUGGUUAGGCCUGGGGAGCCUGUCGCUAUUUUAACCUACUCCCGGAUGAGGUAUCAUGUAAUGCAGGCAGCUAAAACUUUGGUUAAUAAGGGUUAUGAUCCUGAAGUAAUUGAUAUCAGAUCACUGAAAUCUUUUGAUCUCUACACGAUUGGGAAUUCAGUGAAAAAGACGCAUCGAGUGCUGAUAGUAGAAGAGUGCAUGCGGACUGGAGGGAUUGGUGCUAGCUUGACGGCUGCUAUUACUGAGAAUUUCCAUGAUUAUUUGGAUGCCCCGAUUGUAUGUCUGUCUUCGCAGGAUGUGCCAACGCCAUAUGCAGGGACCUUGGAGGAAUGGACCGUGGUUCAGCCACCCCAAAUUAAGGGUGUGCAUCCGGACCGGAUUUUUUUCCGGUUCGGUUAA